AUCUGCCCCUAGAAUGUAGACUUGCUGGAGAAUUUUCUCUUUAAAGCUGCACAGAAAACGCAGCCAGGAGCUAGGUGUACAGAAGAAAGAAGACAAAGAAAAGGAGUCCUGAAUUCUUUAGAAUGUUUUCUGGAGUGCAAAUGUAAGCUUUCUGCUUUUGCCAGAAAGUGAUAGCAAAAGAAACUUCAGCAACAUCUUUGCUGGGAAUGUUCACAGGACCUUUGCACAAGGAAACAUGGUGAAGAAAGUGGCCAUCAUCGGGGCUGGUGUCAGUGGUUUGGCCUCCAUCAGGAGCUGUCUGGAAGAGGGGCUGGAGCCCAUCUGUUUUGAGAGGAGCAAUGACAUCGGCGGCCUCUGGAAAUUCUCAGACCAUGCAGAGGAGGGCAGGGCCAGCAUUUACAAAUCAGUCUUUACCAACUCUUCCAAAGAGAUGAUGUGUUUUCCUGAUGUCCCUUUUCCUGAUGACUUCCCCAACUUUAUGUGCCACAGAAAGCUUCAGGAAUACAUCGUUGCAUUUGCCAAACAAAAGAGCCUUCUGAAAUACAUACAAUUUGAGACACUCGUAACCAGUGUAACUAAACGUCCUGAUUUCUCAAUUACUGGCCAGUGGGAUAUCACCACUGAAAAACAUGGUAAAAAACAGUCAGCUGUCUUUGAUGCUGUCAUGGUUUGUUCUGGACAUCAUGUGUACCCCAACAUACCAAAAGAGUCCUUUCCAGGAUUAAAGGAUUUUAAAGGCAAAUGCUUCCACAGCAGGGACUACAAGGAACCAGGAAUAUGGAAGGGGAAGCGUGUCCUGGUGAUUGGCUUGGGGAACUCAGGCUGUGACAUUGCUGCAGAACUGAGCCACACAGCAGAGCAGGUCAUGAUCAGCUCCAGAAGUGGAUCUUGGGUGAUGAGCCGGGUCUGGGAUGAUGGUUAUCCUUGGGAUAUGCUGUUUGUCACUCGAUUUCAAAGUUUCCUAAAGAACAAGUUGCCAACAGCAAUCUCUGACUGGUGGUACGUGAAACAGAUGAAUGCAAGAUUCAAGCAUGAGAACUAUGGAUUGAUGCCUUUAAAUGGAACCCUGAGGAAAGAGCCUGUGUUCAAUGAUGAACUGCCAGCUCGCAUCCUGUGUGGCACCGUGUCCAUCAAGCCUAAUGUGAAGAAGUUCACGGAGACCGCAGCCAUUUUUGAAGAUGGAACCAAGUUUGAGGGCAUUGACUGUGUCAUCUUUGCAACAGGAUAUACUUAUGCCUACCCUUUCCUUGACGAAUCCAUCAUUAAAAGCAGAAACAAUGAGACCACCUUGUAUAAAGGCAUCUUCCCUCCUCACCUAGAGAAGUCAACCUUUGCUGUGAUUGGCCUUGUCCAAUCCCUUGGGGCUGCCAUCCCCACGACUGACCUCCAGGCCCGCUGGGCAACACAAGUAAUAAAAGGAACAUGUACUUUGCCUUCUGUGAAAGUCAUGAUGGAUGAUAUUGAUGGGAAAGUGGGGAAAAAUAAAAAAUGGUUUGGCCAAAGUGAGACUCUGCAGACGGAUUAUGUCGUUUAUAUGGAUGAAAUAGCCUCCUUCAUUGGUGCAAAGCCCAACAUCCUGUGGCUGUUUCUCACAGAUCCCGUAUUGGCUGUGGAAGUUUUCUUUGGCCCUUGCAGCCCCUACCAGUUUAGACUAGAAGGGCCAGGUAAGUGGUCAGGAGCCAGAAAUGCCAUCCUGACCCAGUGGGACCGGACGUUGAAACCUACAAGCACACGAAUUGUUGGGGAUCUUCAGAAGCCUUAUGUAUUCUUCCACCUGUUCAAACUCUUUACUAUUUCUAUUCUGUUCAUUGCUCUUUUCCUUAUGUUGAUCUAAUCAUCAUUCCAUCAUUUCCAGAAACUCCUAUUAGCAAUGUCCUAAUAAUUACCUCUGAAUGUAGAAUUCAUGGUUUUCAUCAUUCACUUCUGUGUGUUACUCUCAUUAAAAUAAUCAAAUACAUUCA